AUGUCAACACCAUCAGAUAAACAACACUUGUCAAAACACAGCCAGCAUCAGAAUGCUCAUCACAAGCCACAUGUACAGAUCUCUACAUCCACAAUAACACAACGACAAUUGAGUCAUUUGAACUCACAAGUUGCACAAUUGCAUGCCAAUUUAUCAGACUUUAAUGAUUUAGUAACCACUGCCAGUGAGCAGUACAAAAACAUUGAAAUGUUGGGUAAGAUUCACGCUAGCUUGCUAAUGGGUAGCAGAAAGAUAUUCGAAGAAGAGGCCUUUGAUAAUCAAGCGGAUCCGAAGUAG